AUGGAGUUGAGCCAGUCUCCAGAACGCGUAGACCCCCACUUGGGAAACAACAAAAUCAGGCGCUUAGCCGCCAGGGCUGAAGGUCCGCGCCUGCCAGCAGCAAACGAGCUGCCUCGCGCCUAUUUCACUUUAGGGUCUAGGGGGUGCGGCGGCUUGCGCCACCUGGAGAGUCUCUUUCAAGCUGUGGAGUCUGUCUCCAUGGCAAUUCAAAGGGUUUGGGGUUUUGGGCUCGAGCCCAGCCAGCAGGUACACCACAAUGACGCCACUCAGGCCCUCACAGCCGCUCCAAGCCGUUUGUUUUUUAAGGCAGCAAAAGCAGCAGCAGGCCCCUCCCACCCACAGCGCCUAGACGCGCUUUUGGGGGCCUCCCUGGGGCCCCCGGAACAGGAGACACCUCUCGCGGACCCGCACGGGGGGCCCCAGGGGGGCCCCCACGGGGGGCCCCAGGGGGGGGCCCCUCUAGCGGAAGAAGGGGGCCCCCAAGGAGGAGGGGGGGCCCCCCUUUUGCGUUCAGGGGGGCCCCCAGGGGGCGAAAGAAGAAGAGGGUCAAGUGGGUCUUUUGAAGGGGAGGGUACAGAGACACUGGAGCACCGGCUGGUGAAUUGUGAUGUUGGGGCAUUUUUGGCG